ACGCGGAAGUGAAGCGAGCAGUUGCGUUCCGGCCAACAACAACAAGACGAACACAAGUCCGUCCAUUCGUCGUGUGUUUUGGGCUUUUUGUGCUCGGUGGGAAGCUUGCGGACGCCAUGGCGGCACCGGCCCAGCUCAAAGCCGUCCAGCACCACCUGCGCACCGCGCAGGAGCACGACAAGCGGGACCCUGUGGUUGCUUACUACUGCCGCCUGUAUGCCAUGCAGACUGGAAUGAAGUUGGACAGCAAAACUCCAGAGUGCCGCAAGUUCCUGGUCAAGCUCAUGGACCAGCUCGAGUCGAUGAAGAUGGAGUUGAGCGACAAUGAUUCCAUCACUCAGGAGGUGGUCGGCAACGCCCACAUCGAAAACUACGCCCUAAAAAUGUUUCUCUACGCCGACAACGAGGACCGUGCGGGACGAUUCCACAAGAACAUGAUCAAGUCCUUCUACACAUCCAGCCUGCUGCUGGAUGUCCUUUCGGUCUUUGGAGAGCUGUCCGACGAGAACAUCCAACACAGAAAGUACGCCCGCUGGAAGGCCUCGUACAUCCACAACUGUCUGAAGAGCGGCGAGACGCCUGAGGCCGGACCCAUCGGCAUGGACCUUGACCAGGAAGCAGAUGGAGAUGGAGAUGAAGGUUUUUCAGGCUGCGCCAUUACGCAGGGCGGCUCCUUCCGGGGAGUGGGCGGGGCUUUCUCUCAGGACCCUGGUUCGGGCGGUACUGCAGUGUCGGGCAUCGGCUUCACAGGUGGCACUGAGUCUGUACUGUCGGGUCCCCCCUCCAAUUUGGGCAACGUGCACAUUCCUCCCGGAGCGCAUGCCCCCGCCAACACGCCAGCAGAUGCCGUCAAGCCGGUGCCGAUGCCCAGGACUUCCAGCGUCGUCGACCCGGCCCUCGUGCACAGCCAGCAGCAAGGAGAUGUCCACUUGUCCGCCGAAGACUUCACCAAGGCCCAGAAGUACUGCAAGUACGCUGGCAGCGCCCUCCAGUACGAGGACGUUUCCACGGCCGUCAGCAACCUCCAGAAGGCCCUCAAACUGCUCACCACUGGACAAGAAUGACUCCUUUGUCGUCCUGCUGCGGCCGCCUGCUAAGUCUAUCUGCACCAUCUCGUCAGCUCAAUGCACGCACACGCCGGCUGGCCGCCAGGAGCCCUGAUGGAGACGAGAGCCUAACAAUGGCUGCCUAUGUGCGUCUUUACUCGAUUAUGAAACGAGACGACGACGUUCCCUGGAAACGUGAACACGACAUCAACGCAGCACACGGUGCUUCUUGCCUGCAAGGGGCAUUGUGUCGUCUCGUCUUCUCUGACUUGAUCCUAAGUUUUUGUGUGUUUUGUACACACACGGCACGCAACACAUAACAGUUGUGUGUGUACACAACACUGCACACAACAGUGAUGUUAGCAAGCAUUCUAGCUGCAUUUCUUGUACUUAUUUCAUGCUAACUACUUGCUAGAGUUGCUACCAAUUUUUUUGUUUUUGUUUUUGUUUUUUCCCCCCCAGAGAUUUUCAUGAGGAAAAUUCACGAUGCUCCAAAUAAAUCUGAUUGACUUGUU